AUGCCAACAGAUGGUGGUAAAUUGAGUGCCGAGGAGGAAAAACUGAAAGAACACGAGGAGCGAAAUCGUGACCUCGAAAAUGGCUCAGGAUCUGCACCCCCGUUCACAACUCCAAAAUCAUCUCUUGGAAAUCAAAAUAUCUCAUCAACCCUAGAAACUCUUCUCUGCUAUCCUCCCCCGGAUUCUCUUCGGAUAACCACGACAUCAUGGCUCGAUGGCGUUCGUGGCGUAGCAGCACUCACCGUAUAUAUUUUCCACGCCAUGGCAAUUUGGGCAAGCACUGUUCCAGCAUGGCACGCGGACGCGAAUCAAAACUCGGUUUUCCAAAUGCCGCUUAUUAGAACCAUUUUCGUCUCGGGAGGGAGUGCAGUCGCAGUAUUCUUUGCUCUUUCCGGAUAUGUACUUACCUACAAAUCCAUGAAAGCGAUACGGAAGGGCUCAGCUCAUCUGGUCUAUCCAGCCGUUGCAUCAUCUGCUUUCCGAAGAGGAUUCAGACUGUUUCUUCCGCCUGUCAUUCUCACUUUCUGUGAGAUGAUUGCAACUCGAUUUGGUUUCUAUCCGCCUUUGAGCUUUAGCUUCGUGAUGGAGCCAACAUUUGCGGAGCAGUUCAAGGAUUGGUUGUGGGAAACGAAUAAACUCAUCAACCCGUAUUUCAACGCCAAACAAGCGAUUCUCGGUUCAGUCGUAGAUCACCCCAAAUAUGACGCUGUGAUAUGGACCAUUCCGUUGGAGUACUACGGCUCGUUGGCGUGUUACUCAUUACUUCUGAUCAUGACACGAAUUCCUAGCGAUACAGCAAGGGUUGCCCUCCUCUCAGUACUCUCAAUUCUCUAUAUGGGAAUAGGAAGCUGGAAUAUGUUCUGCUUCACAGCCGGGAUUCUCAUCUCAAAUCUGACUCUCAGUCAAGAAGAAAAAGACAAUCCACCUCCAUCCCCAAAGAAAGUCAGAAUAUACACAAUCAUCCUCAUCGUCGCAUUCUACAUCGCAGGUCUCCCAACAAUGGGGACGCCCGAAACACUCACCAAUCCCAUGCCCGGCUUCGAGACCUUGCGCGCACUCACACCAAAGAACAUCCAUCUCAUGGAUCUCGGGCGUUUCUGGUGGUCCAUCUCAGGAGUCUCAAUCUUACUAUGCAUAUCCCAACUACCCCGCUUCAAACGGGUAUUUGAAAGCAAUCUCUGCCAAUAUUUCGGCAAGAUAUCUUUUUCUCUCUAUCUUGUUCAUGAAUUCUGCAUUAUAAUUUUUGGAUUGGCGCUUCAAAGAACUUUAUGUUGGCUUGUGGGCGUUCAACCAAAAGCUGGGGGUUUUAUGCAUUGGGUUGUUUGCGUGAUUUGGUUUGGGAUGUUUACGGGGAUCGUGUUUGGUAUUUCGGGCCAGGUGGAGAGGUGGAUUGAUAGACCUAGUGUUAUGUUUUCGAAGUGGUUUGAAGGGAGAUGUAGAAAGUGGUAUGCUGGUACCCAAUAG